CGUAGCAUUACCCAGCAGUCCCCCCUCACCUUCCCCACCAAAAUCAGAAACUCCUGCUCUGUCCGAAGCUCUUAUCCUCCUCCUCAUUAAUCUCCUUUAUAUAGAAAUCUUGCCAUACACUUCUCUCCAACUACCUUUCAAAGAACCAAAACCGAAGGAGGGAACCGCUAUGUCCACAAAUUCCAUCAAUGGAGCAACAGACCAUGAAUCAUUCACUCUUCCUCUCAUCACCUCUCACCGUUCCCUCGCCAACUCCACCUCUCAAGUUGCCAUCGUCGGCGCUAAUGUCUGCCCUAUCGAAAGCCUCGACUACGAGAUUGCGGAGAAUGAUUUCUUCAAGCAGGAUUGGAGGACCAGUAGAAAGAUCCAGAUUUUUCAAUAUGUGUUCAUGAAGUGGUCGCUUUGCUUCUUGGUUGGGAUUAUUGUUAGCCUUAUUGGAUUUUUUAACAAUCUUGCUGUUGAGAAUAUUGCUGGUGUUAAGUUUGUCGUCACUUCCAAUAUGAUGCUCUUACAUAGGUAUGGGAUGGCAUUUCUUGUGUUCUCAGUCUCUAAUUUGGUUCUUACCCUGUUCGCAUCCAUCAUCACAGCUUUUGUAGCUCCGGCUGCUGCAGGUUCUGGUAUACCAGAAGUGAAAGCGUAUCUCAAUGGUGUGGAUGCACCUGGAAUUCUUUCCUUGCGAACUUUUGUUGUCAAGAUCAUUGGAAGCAUUUCUGCUGUGUCAUCAUCUCUUCUUAUAGGAAAGGCAGGGCCUAUGGUGCAUACUGGUGCAUGUAUUGCAUCAUUGUUGGGUCAGGGUGGAUCUAAAAAAUACAGAUUAACUGGAAAAUGGCUACGCUUUUUCAAAAAUGACCGAGAUCGGCGAGAUCUUGUAACAUGUGGAUCAGCUGCUGGAAUUGCUGCUGCCUUUCGUGCCCCAGUUGGUGGUGUGCUGUUUGCUCUUGAAGAAAUGGCAUCUUGGUGGAGAAGUUCCCUUCUGUGGAGAGCUUUCUUUACAACAGCUGUAGUUGCAAUAGUGCUUCGGGCUCUGAUUGAUUUCUGUUUGAGUGGCAAAUGUGGAUUAUUUGGUAAAGGGGGGCUUAUAAUGUUUGAUGUCUAUUCGGCAAAUGUUACAUAUCAUCUCAUUGAUGUGCCACCUGUUAUUCUCCUAGGAGUUACAGGGGGAAUAUUGGGAAGUUUAUACAAUUUUCUCUUAGAUAAAGUUCUUCGAAUCUACAACCUCGUCAAUGAGAAAGGCACUGUUUACAGAAUUUUGCUUGCUUGUUCAAUCUCCAUAUUCACAUCCUGUCUUCUUUUUGGAUUACCUUGGCUGGCAUCAUGUCAACCUUGUCCAGCUGAUGCAUCAGAAGCCUGUCCAACAAUAGGCCGGUCUGGCAACUACAAGAAAUUUCAAUGUGAACCUGGUUAUUACAAUGAUCUUGCCAGUCUCAUUUUUAACACAAACGAUGAUGCUAUUAAGAAUCUCUUCAGCAGGAAUACUGAUGCUGAGUUUCAGUAUUCGUCAAUUCUCAUAUUUUUCAUAACAUGCUUUUUUCUUAGUAUCUUUAGCUAUGGGAUUGUUGCUCCUGCGGGUCUUUUUGUGCCAGUAAUCGUGACAGGCGCAUCUUAUGGACGUUUUAUUGGUAUGAUAUUCAGUUCAAAAUCCAGUCUUAAUCAUGGCCUUUAUGCUGUGCUUGGUGCUGCUUCAUUUCUUGGUGGAUCUAUGAGGAUGACAGUUUCUUUAUGUGUUAUUAUCCUAGAAUUGACCAAUAAUCUGUUGCUUCUACCCUUGAUAAUGUUGGUUCUUCUUGUUUCCAAGACUGUGGCUGAUGCAUUUAAUUGUAACAUUUAUGACCUUAUCAUGAAAGCGAAGGGUUUUCCUUAUCUAGAAACUCAUGCAGAGCCUUACAUGAGGCAAUUGACAGUUGCUGAUGUAGUCACUGGUCCUCUUCAGCUGUUUCAUGGCAUUGAGAAGGUUGGUAAUAUAGUACAUGUUCUUCAAACAACAAGGCAUAAUGGAUUUCCUGUAAUUGAUGAGCCCCCACUUUCUGACUGUCAAGUUCUUUAUGGACUAAUCCUCCGUGCUCAUCUUAUUGAACUAUUAAAGAAGAAAAUCUUUUCAUCCUCUCCGGUGCCAAUGGGUCCUGAUGCCUUGGAGCAAUUCUCAGCUGGUGACUUUGCAAAAAGGGGCUCAGGCAAUGGUGACAAGAUAGAAGAUAUACAAAUUACUGAAGAAGAGAUGGAGAUGUUCUUAGAUUUGCAUCCUUUCACUAAUGCUUCACCUUAUACUGUUGUGGAGACAAUGUCACUAGCUAAAGCUCGGAUGCUAUUCCGAGAAGUUGGAUUGAGGCAUCUGCUUGUGAUACCCAAGAUCUCUAGUAGAUCUCCUGUUGUGGGUAUAUUGACAAGACACGACUUCAUGCCAGAACACAUACUGAGUUUGCAUCCUUUGCUUUUUAGGAGCAGGUGGAAAAGAUUAAGAAUCCGGCUGCCCCAACUAUUUAAAUUUUUGUAGGAUGUCUUUGCAUACAUUGGGCAUCAACCCUUUCCUGUUCAGGAGCAGGUGGAAAACAAUCAGGCCGCCUUAUUAAGUUAAAAUAUCGCAGGGCAUUUCAGGCGAGCAAUGGAAGUUGCACUUGAAAAUGAGGGUGUACUGAAACCUAUUUGAGCUCCAUAACACACAAUAUUUGAAGGACUAACCCCAUUUUUUCAGUGCUUCUUCAUGGAAAUCAACCAGAACCAAUAAUAUCAGAUGAGGAUCGGGGUAAACAAUCGAGAUGUUUGUAAGCAGUAUGAUGUAACUAUGAUGAAAUAUCUAACUUAAUUUGUUUAGUGAAAUUUACGAGAGGAAGAAAUGAAGAAUGAAAUUAUAAUUAAUUA